GCGAAGCACCAACAAGUCCCGUAACAAUGGGAAGGCGAAACCUGCAUCGCAGGCCGGAAAAGGACAGCCAGGACAGUUUCCAUGGGUCAAGUUUGGCUUGACCGAGGCGGAGUACAAAGUCCGCGGCCUCUACGACAACUGCUAUUGGUGCAACAACACCAAGCACAAGACCUCCCUGUGCCAAGAUCAGGGCAAGGAGGAUGUGCGACCCCGCCUCAGCUCGGGAAACUGAGCUCCGCGGAAGGUGAGGCGACUCCACCUUCUACUCCACCAGAUUCGGCCGCCUUGCUAGCGGCCUCCUGCACAUCUGGAGAGGAUGCGAAUGUCGCAAGUCCUCGGUAUACUUACGAGGAUUAUGCUGUCCACUUGGUUCCACCGCUGGACCAACCGCUCCACAUGCAACAGUCCACCGCAUGCACGGUUUCAUCACCAUCGGCAACCGAUUCGGCAGCUUCGCCGCAAUCUAUCGCCGGGAAUUCGACGUCAUGGUUAAGACUUGAUGAGCUCUAUUCGUUGACGUUCACGGACUUCCAGUGGAUGCCUGUUCCCUCGACCGGACGAUUGCCGAAACCGCAUUGCAAUGUGCUUAUGGCACAAUUGCGAGACUACUUGCACACUGCAGUACCAGCUCCGUUGAUGGACAACGGAGCAGAGGUUGUCGACCUUCACGCUUUCAUCGCGAAGAUCGACCGCGAGUUCAAGACGCAACGGUACGACGACAUCGAUGCACCAUUGCUAUACAUACGCAUUCAGAUCGGAGAGGCGACCUGCAGUGCCUUGAUCGAUUGCGGAGCAUCUCGCAACUACAUCAGCCAGGACUUCAUGGUACGCGCCGGCCUUGGCCCACGUGUCCGGAGGAAGUCCCAGCCUAYKCAAGUCACCCUGGCAGACGGUCAUACGCACAAGUCCAUCGACCGGUGCAUUGACGCCGUCCCAGUGUACUUUGCCCCUCACGCAAGUGAGGCGGUUUCCUUUGACAUUUUGGACACCAAAUUUGACAUGAUCUUGGGCGCGAAGCAAGGAUCACCCGAUGAACUUCUUCAACCGCACCGUUCACGUUCCUGCCACGUGGUAUCCGCCGCAAGCAUGCGAGCUUCCAUCAUCAGAGACGACAUCGAGGAGAUGGGGGUGUGUUUUCUCCACGCCCUCCCGCCACAUGACGCUUCAUCAACGGACUCACCUUCGGAUCCACGCAUCAUCGAACUUCUCGACGCCUACAACGACGUGUUCGAAGACCCGCAUGGAGUAGUACCGGAUCGACCCAUCCGCCACGAGAUCAUCCUCGAGGACGGGGCCGUACCUCCGCGCGGUUGCAUCUACCGAAUGAGCGAGGAAGAGUUAAGUGUGCUUCGGGCACAACUCGACGACCUUCUAGAGAAAGGCUGGAUUCGGCCUAGCUCAUCGCCAUACGGUGCUCCUGUUCUCUUCGUCCGGAAGAAGAACAAGGACCUGCGGUUGUGCAUCGAUUAUCGCAAGCUCAACGCGCAGACGAUCAGGAACGCCGGCCCUCUCCUACGCAUGGACGACCUUCUCGAGCGAUUGGGCGGCGCCCAGUUCUUCUCUAAGUUGGAUCGCAAGUCAGGGUACCACCAACUCGAGAUUCGCAAGGAGGAUCGCUACAAGACCGCGUUCAAGACUCGGUAUGGGCAUUUCGAAUGGCUGGUCAUGCCAUUUGGCCUUACGAAUGCCCCAGCCACUUUCCAAGCGGCUAUGACGACGGAGUUUCGACACAUGCUGGAUCGUUUCGUACUUAUAUACCUCGACGACAUUCUGGUUUACAGCCGGAGUCUGGACGAGCAUGUGGAACACCUGCGCACCGUUUUGGAGUGGUUACGACAGGCCAAGUACAAAGCAAACCGCGACAAGUGCGAGUUCGCACAGCAGGAGCUGGAGUACUUGGGACACUAUGUGACGCCGCAAGGCAUCCGUCCGCUUGCGGACAAGAUCGAGGCCCUACGAGUAUGGCCUGAGCCCACCAACACCACGGACGUUCGUUCAUUCAUGGGAUUGGCGGGCUACUAUCAGCGAUUCGUCACCGGAUACUCCAGGAUUGCUGCACCUAUGACGAGGUUACAGUCGCCAAAGGGAACGAUGCAUGUGUGCUUGGACUCUGGAGGAGGAAUCCGGAUUUCAUUUGGCUGGAUUAUCGUCAUUAUUUUGUAAUGACCGUUUUGCUGCCAAGGAAUGUUGUCCCCCUAGUGCUAGACCUGGCUGGCGUUUUCAACUCUGUGAUUUUGUUUGAUCUCUUUCUCGUCUGUGGAACCAAUUGGACCCCUGAUCUAUUUUUUGCAUGAUGGAGCUAGCAAAGAGUUUGGCUCUACUCUCUGAUUUUGACUCUCUCAAUGUCACACAUUUUGUGGACGGUUAAGGUAGAAAGAAUCAAGUAUGGUGGUUGCUAAAAAAGAAAGUAAUCUUUUGUCUUCGAUUCCCUCAGGUGCAAUGAACGUCCUAGUUCAAC